AUGCGCAGCAACCAGUCCUUUCGCACAGCUGGGAGCACGUUGCUAAAGUCGCGGCCACGUGAGGCAGCUCGGGAGGAUGAAGGCGCUCCAUCGGGAAGCCUAACUCUCGAGGGCCUCGAACAGGAGGUGGAGGCGCUUCGCAGAGCUGUGGAGGCGGAGCAGAAUGAGAUCGCCACCAUGUCUGCAACGUUUGGGGAGCUCUUCAUGCGAAACAGCUGCGAGGAGUACCUGUCGCAGCUGGAGAAACGGAUCCAGGUGAUCGAGAAUCGGAAUGUGGAGAUCGUCCACUGGAGGAUUGAGAACGUGGAGGAUGUCCGCUCACGUUUCCAGAAGGGAGAAUAUCUGGCGUCACCGGAGUUCUCGGCCUGUGGCUUGGGAGGCUUCUGCUUUCACUUCUAUCCUCGAGGAGAUGACUUUUGCGAAGAAGGCUACUGUUCUGUCUACUUCCAUCUGCCACGGGACACGAAGGUGAAGCGCACCUUGUUUGUUGGGCGACAGCGGCACGGUCCUGCUGAAGCAGAGGGUUUGACCAACAUCGGUAUUUCAGAAAUGUGCGUGCUUUCAAAUCAGAUCGACAAAGAGACGGGCAGCGUCGUGAUAGGUCGGCAUUACAUGGCAGGGGUCUGGGAAUCUGCACAAGCAUUCGCAGCUCAUACCUCAUGGUUCGACCAGGUGAAGGUGGUCUUUUUGCCGAGCGGUAAAGUGGCCACUAUGAAGCGAGGCAGGCGCCUGGGCACGUGUCUUCAAUCAGUCCUUCAGACAGGGCAGAUGGGCCAAGGCAUCGAGAUCUCAAAGGCUGCCGAAGUGGGUGUGGAGGAUGUGUCUUUUUCCUGCAAAGAGGGGUGGUGCCAUGCAUGUUGGCACACGGACCCUAUGUGGGGGACUGUGUAUAGGGCGUGCAGCGCCAUCAGCCGCAAGCGCCCACCGCCGAAAAACCCACGCAGAAUCCCGGAGAAGUGGAACAACGUCGUCCCGCUUUGGCUUUUGAAUUGGCGAGAGUCGCAGAGGUGGGCGAAAUUCAAGAAGGAGAAGCGCGAGACAGAGAAAAAAGAGAGGUUGGCCAAACGAGCCGCGGAACGAGAAGCAGCAACAGCAUGA